CUCCAUACUCCCAUAAUCUCAGGGCUGGCCUCUGGCUAAUCCCACUUUUCCUUGCCAUUUUAGAGGAUCACAGGGUUAAUUUGUAGACAGCAUACUGAAGGGUUCUGAACCCUAUGGCUAUCAUUUUUUUUCCCCCACACCUUAUCAGAUACACGCCUCCUUCCUUAUACAUAGAGCUUCCCUAUUAUAGUUUCACCCACAUAGGACAUACAGCCUCCUUGGUGCAAAUAGAGGUAUAUCAUCAGAUGAUGUCUACCCAUACAUGAGCACUCACUCCCCCACUUCCCACUAUAUUUAUUGUCUAGAGAUAAGGACAAAUGAUGGGGAAAUCCCCACAGGGCAGCACUCCCAGCAUGCACUAGGGCAGCAACUGAUGUUCCCACACUGGACUCAGAAGCUCAAAGGAAAAAAGGCAAAGAUGGGAGAGAGGAGAGGAGAGAGGCAGAGAUUGCUGAGAGCAGGCUCUUGGGACUUGGGUUUCUCCUGCAUGAAUCAUGGAUGAAUUUAAAUCAGAAUCUCAGAGCUGGAAGGUACUUCCAAGAUCAUCAUAUCCACCUGGUACUUGAGGAAUAAGUCUGUUGCCUGGACAUUGAAAAAGAUCUGGAGGGCUGAAAACAGAGACAUGCUUUUACAUAGGCACACAUAUAUGUGCCUAGGAUUUGUUUUAUGCACACAUUUUUGCUUGUUCCCAGAUACACAGUUAUGUUUGAGUUUAUCCACCAGAAUCCCUUCCACAGAUUUCUCAAUAGUCCCCUCUCUUCACCUAUGGGAUUUCUUUCUCUCUUGCUUCUUUUUUCUCAGCUCUGGUACUUAGUAUUUUUGUGACUUUGGAUAACUCAUUUCUGCUCUCUGAGCUUCUGAUUCCUCCUCUGUAAACUGAGGGACUUGGACUAGAUGAUUUCCAAGGUCCUUUCUAUUCUCAAUAACAGUCUCUAAUUUCUCUUACUCCUUCCCAAUGUCUCCCCAUCUCCACAUAUCUAGGAAAUCCUCUCCUGAUCCUUUCUUCCUCCUUUCUUUCUUCCCCUUCUUCCUUCCCUCCUUCCUUCCUUGUUCCUUUUCUCCUCUCUUCUUUCAUUCCUUCCUUCCCUCUUUUCUCAUUCAUUUUUUUCCCUGAAAAACCAAAUAGCUGGAACUGCUGCUCCUGUACCCAGAGAAAAGUCCAGGAAAGUCCUUGGCUGCCUAUGAUUUCUGGUGGAAUGGAAGUAUAUAGUAGUCAUAUCUCUAUUUUCCUCCAUCUUUGUCUUCUUCCUAUCUCUCAGUCUCUAUUGUUUUAAUUCUCAGGUUUUCACUGCUUUGGUGUCUGUCUCUGUCAGGCCCUGUUGAGUCCCUCUUUUCCAAUCCCCAAUUUCUCUGCUUCCACAGCUUCAUUACCAUUAUUCUUUGACUUAAUAAGGUAGCUGUGUACAACCCUUUUCUCUACUCCCCCCCUCCCUCAUUAAAUAUUUAUGAGUUUACACUGCUUGGGGCUGCCUUUCUCUAAAAAGCUGUUGCUUUAACUACUUUUCAGAAAGAGAACAACUACACAGCAGAGGAACUGUACUCACUAAUUGGGUUAGGGGCUCUCUAUAAUGUCUCUUUCCCCUUCUGGAUGUAUCAAGACCUGGACUCAGUGAUCCCAGAGACAGUCAGACUGGACAGCAGCCUCCAUAAGGCCCGGGCCCAGUUGCUGGCCAAGGGCAAGCGUCACCGGCCAUCUCGUUCUCGGCUACGGGACAGUGCCAGCUCAGCUGAAGAGGGCGAUGGUCCAGAAGGGCCAGGGGUCAAGGUGACGGAUGGCUGUGGGAGUCCCCUCCACCGACUGCGCUCGCCGCUUCACUCCGGCCCGGGGUCUCCUCCCGGGGGGCCCUUCACCUUGGAGCCCCCAGGGUUGCGGCGGAGCUUGGACGAAGACGAACCGCCGCCCUCACCCCGUACCCGCUACCGGCCCUUACACAAUGCGGCCUCCCACGAGGCUCUCGCUGCCGCCUCCUCGUCCCCCCCACGCUCAGCGCCCAGCUCUGACAGCUCCCCCAGCUUUGUGCGACGACACCACCGGGCUGAGCCGCACAGCGAAGAUGAUAGCCGUGAUGCCAGCCCCUCUGAACCUGCUAGUCCCACUACUGGCCUAGACAAGAAGACUCGUAGAAAAUUUUUGGAUCUGGGGGUUACCCUGCGCAGGGCAUCAACAGGCAAGAACAGGAAGGAGAAAGGAAGCAACCGACUGUCUAUGGGCAGCAGGGAGUCGGUUGAAGGCUCUGGUCGAACAGGUGGCUCCCCAUUUCUGCCCUUCUCCUGGUUCACAGAUAGCAGUAAAGGUUCUGCUUCUUCUGGGAGCACUGCUUCCCCGGCCUGUUCCCCCAAGCAUGAAGGCUUCAGUCCCAAGAAGUCAGCUUCUCAGGAAUCCACCCUGAGUGAUGAUGACUCCACACCUCCCAGCAGCAGUCCUAAGAUACUAAGUAGUUCCCGACCAGACCCCAAGUGCUCCUACCCUUACCACACACUCUCCCAGUCCUCUGAUGAGUUCCUGGAUGAGCCUCUUCCAACUGCUAACCACUGGACUAGUCAACAAGUGGGCCAGUGGCUAGAGAGUCUCAAUUUGGAUCAGUACACUGCUGAGUUUGCAGCUAGACAAGUGGAUGGACAGCAGCUGCUACAACUGGAUGGGGGGAAAUUAAAGAGCUUGGGGCUCAGCAACUCCCAUGACCGGGCACUGGUGAAACGGAAACUGAAAGAGUUGGUGGCAGCAGCUGAGAAGGAGAGAAAGGCUCAGGAGAAGGCUGAACGGCAUCGGGAAAAACAGAAGCGAAAAGAGGCUGAAGCUCGAAAAAGCUAGAGGCUCCCAGGCUAGGAGCACAGACCAUGCAUGACUCUCUGCCUGCUGGGGCAGGGGACCCCUCACACUCUACUUCUUCCAGUCCAGAGGGAGGGAGGAGGAACCACAGGACCUCUGGAAGAAAGGGGGCAUGAACGAGGGAAAGCUUGGACUAGCCCCAAAGUCCCAGACCCUUAGGGGCACACAUUCCCCAUUCACACCCCUCUCAGUACCCCUGUCUAAACCCCAGGAGGGGACCCCCACUGACUAAAAGGGGGUUCCCCUGGGGAGGAAGCAGAAGAAUAAAUCCUAUUUCAAAGAUCUUUGGUAUUGAGUUGAGGAUAGGAAUAUCUCCAAAGUCCCCAGACUCGAAGGGGUUAAGAAUAACCCAGUGAGAAGGACUAAGGGUUAAACUGGUGCCCCAAUUUGCAAGCAUAUUGUUGAGGAACAAGAAUAGCAUAUUACUCUUGUUUCUGACUUAGGAUUACUCUUGUAAGGGAACUUGAAGGAAAAUUUGCUAAGAUUGACCUUUGAAUGACUUUUGCAUCCGUGAAGGCUGUACUCCUCCAGAAAGGGAAGAUAUAGAUAGAAGUAAGAAAGAACAAAGAUAGACACCAAUCCAGAAUAAGAGAGAGAAAAUUUGGGGAUUCUUCUUUAAGAGACCCUAAAAUGCUUUUGAGAGGGGAAGAAAUAUGUUCUUUCCCAUUUUCUGGCAGCUGAGCUAAGAAGGGUAAUUAUAUUUUCAUCAGCCCUCUUUUUGAUGCCGUUGGUCUUUGGCUUCCAGCUGAGCUCUGAUCUGAUUUAGGACUCAAAACCCAUCUCUUGGUUUUUCCUCUUGGGAUAAUGAUAAGGAGGAUACCUGGGCACACUCCCAGGACAGGAGAAGCUUUAGAUGCUUCCCUAACCAUCUUGAUACUUUGUUAGCCAAGGGAGAGCACUAAGUAGGGAAGGGCUGCCAUUCCCAUUAGAGUGCAAUGAUAGAAUUUAGAAGUUAUCUUCUUCCACCCCUCUCACCCCCACUUUAGGUGAACUGUACAGCUCUAAAUUGUCCCUUUUGGUAUUUUAAUUCUUUGUCUCUCCUGUCCCCAUGAAAGUAUCCUCGGAGUCUCUCCACCCACAAAGCCUUGUGUCUCAAAGUCCAAAGCUUUCCAUAUUCCCCAUUGACCGUAAAUGUCUGAGGACUCUUGGCAAAGUUGUGGUACGGGACCCAACCCCACUUUAGAGCCUAACGAGUGUGUGUGUGCGUGUGCACACUGGGAGGGGCAGAAAGGGAGGGCAGGGGGGGAGUGCUGCUGGAUCAUACCUCAUACUCCACAGGGUUCUCCUUCUGAGAGGAAGAGUAAAAUCCUAAAACCUUAGAGCUGGAAGUGGACCCUGCCAGAGAGCAGCCAGCAGAGGGCAGCAAAAUGUCCUCAGGGCUAGGCAGGGGCCAUCCUGCCCUCAGGGUUAGUAGAAGGUAGCAUAAGUUAAUAGCUCUUUCGGCAACGUGUCAGGAACCAGUUUCUGUUCUUGUUAGGAAACGUCAGAGUGGAAUAACACACCCUCCCCAACCCGUGCCCCAGAUGUCCAAAGCCUUCAUCCAAGGCCCAGGAACAUUGCUAUCUAUCUCUCCUGUGAAGGAACCAGGUGUGAUGGAAUGUCUAAGAGAAAAAUGAAGGGCUCUUUUUUCCUUCUCACCUGGGAGAGUAUCCAGUUUAGAUCUGGACAUGUGCAGACUUUCUUUUUGUACCCAGAAGUCUUCAUCCAAACAGCUAAUGGCUGUGUCCCCUGGCUCUACUACUCCCACUCCACCUGUUUCUGGGGUUCUGGUCUCCAAAGAGGGUUCUCUCCAUAUACUGCUAUCUCCCUUCCUUGUUACAAAAAGACCUCAGUUCCUGCUUUGCUAUUCCCUUCCCUCUCUUAAAGGAAUGAUGAAGGGAAAAGAUAGCAAGAUCAUGAUUUGAAUUCUUCCGCUAAUGUGUAGCCUUGGGCAAAUUGUUGAACACUUUGAACCUUAUUGUUAAAAACUGGUAGUGGGAAAGGAGAUGAGUAGAACCAGAUGAUUUCUAAUAUUCCUUUCUUCUUGGAAGAAAGCAGCAAAACUAUGGGUGAACAAGGGAACUAUGGGGGUGAAUAUUGUAGGUAAGAAACACAAAACACUCAUUUAGGAAAAGCACAGAAAAGGCUCACUUCAAGUCUAGAUGAUACUGUCAAGGUCAAGUUCAUGAAACAGAGUGGUGUUAUGGAAAAACUUUAGAUUUAGUCAGAGGGUCAGGGUUCAAACAUGAGGUCCAUUACUUAGAGUAUGAUCUGAGGAAGACUUUCCCAGCUGUAGGCCGUAAUUAUUAAAUGAGGGGUUUGGAUUAGAUAUUUAUUCCCUUAAAGUCUUUCUAGUUUGGUCAGUUUUCCAGUUCUAUAUAGGCAACUUGAAUUGGUUAGGGUAGAGGGGAAGAUCCAAAGGGAAGAAUCUCCCCAGGGAUUCUAUGGAAAUAGAAAUUGGCAUCUGGGGGUAAGUGUAGUAAAGGGAAUCACCAUAGUUUCCAUGGAAUUUG